AUGGCAAACUGGCAUGGCAUGGCAGCCAGACCUUUGAAACGUCCUCGCCGAUCAAGCGGCCUGCCGUGUCUACCAACCGACAUAGACAACGCAGUCGCGGCCUUGGGCGGGAGAACGCAUGCAACCGACCUCGCAAACAGUACCAUACAGUCUCAGAAGGCACCAGUCAGUAAAGAGAAACGUCUGGAAGAACUUGUGAGAGACUCCGGCCGUCUCAGGCAAGAACUUGACUAUUGGAAAAGCCUAGCCCUCACAGGAACCACCUUCAUGUCCGACGUCGAACAAGUUGUGGUGCGGCUUCGAGAUGUUAUCAGCCGUUUCGCGAGCGUCCUGGACGAGACAAACACCAUGCCUGCUGAGGCAAACAUAGCUGCUGGUCAUCCGUCUGAAUCUAGGCCGAGCGAAGACGUGGAGGGACAGGCUGGGGACGAGCCGGACUUGCCAAUCGUAGAAGAUGACCUUGGCGUCCUCUUGGCUCCGGUCAGGCGGGGUCGAGAAGAAUAUGACUUUGAGGCUGUCAAGCCGGAGUUGAAGCGCAAGCAGCCACCAUACAAUCCCGGAGGUUGGCUCUGA